UUAGACAGACAUGAACACCUUGUCUCCAAAGUUUGCUGGCUGGUGCUAAAGUUUUCAACCAAUUCUUCCUCCUUUUAUUCUAUUUGACUUUUUUUUUUAUGUAAUUUUAAUCUAGUGGCAAAUUAUCAUUGUAGUAUCUAGUUCCACCUUAGGAAUUUCCUAUCCACGAUGACAGAUGAUGCUGAAGAUAAACUGCCAAGUCUCCCGGGGUUUGAUACUCUUCAAGACUUUUUCAAGCAUGGCUAUAAAACUGUCAUGGAAGGAAUCAGAGCCUCAAACAAUUUGCCGACUGGUAGCAAGUUUGAUAUGUACACAAGUUAUCCUGACUUUCAUCAUCUCAUGAAGUGCCAAGGCGGUAAAGUUCUUGAUCUGAUAAAUCUCCUGCUGAGACACCAGGGUAUUAGUGGAAACAUUCACCAUCGAGAUUUAGAGGACAAAUUUGAGCUAGUGGUCGAAGGAAAUGAUGCUAUUCUGGAAAGAGUGGGUGAAAAUUUGGAUGAAUGGAAUGGAGUCCGGAGAAAUAAUGAACCGGCCAUCGAAGGAACCCAGGCUGGCCCAGUUCGCGUCAGUGGGAGUUGGAACAAAAACUUGAAAACCUCAGCUGUCUGGAAAGAGCGCCAAUCAAAUGAUGCUACUCAAACUGUGCGACUCUUGACGUCUAAAGUAACUGAGAGACCACAGCUUAAGUUCAAGGACAAAAUAGACAACAGCUCUAGUCCAUGGGAGCCUAAAAUCAAGGAGAAACCUAACGCCAUCAAACCACUUGCUAUUCUUUAUGAAGAAACAGAGUUUGGAGGAUGUUAUUCACAUCCAUAUGAAUUCGAAUUAGAAGCAUUCAAUCCUGAUGAUUCUCUUAUCAGCCGUGUCACGCCCAAAAAACCACCUCCUUUGGAGAAAACUCCCUUUGUUUUUGUUGACAAUGAAGAUAAACUGAAUAUAAUGGCAAAGUAUCUAAAUAGUCAGAAAGAAAUUGCCAUCGAUUUAGAACACCACAACUACCGAUCAUUCCAAGGAUUCACCUGUUUAAUGCAAAUAUCAACACGGACGCAAGACUAUGUAAUAGAUGCCAUAGAACUAAGAGACAAAUUGCACAUUUUGAAUGAAAGCUUUACCAACCCAAAAAUUGUCAAGGUUCUUCAUGGUGCAAGUAGUGACAUUAUCUGGCUUCAGAGAGAUUUAGGAUUGUACAUUGUUAACAUGUUUGAUACUCACCAAGCAGCAAUGCUCUUAAAUUUUAGUCAACUCAAUCUGGCGUUCCUCCUCAAACAUUACUGUCAAGUAGAUGCCAACAAACAUUUUCAGAUGUAUGAUUGGCGGAUCAGGCCUUUGUCAGAGGAAGCUGUAAAAUAUGCUCGUGAAGACACACAUUUCCUCCUAUAUAUUUACGACAUGAUGCGAAAUGCAUUGAUAGAAGCAGCCAACGGCCAAACUAAUCUUUUAAAGUCAGUAUACAGCCGUAGCACCGAACUUUGCAAAAGACGUUACGUCAAGAGUGUUCUAACUGAGGACGGGCACAUGGAUAUGUAUCGAAGAAGUAAAAAAUUGUUCAAUAACAAACAGAUGUAUGCGCUUGAGCAGAUUUACAGAUGGCGGGACAAAACAGCCAGGGAACUAGAUGAAAGUAUAGGAUAUGUUCUUCCAAAUCACAUGCUUCUCCAUAUUUGUGAGUCUCUACCUCGAGAAAUGCAGGGAAUUUUAGCUUGUUGUAACCCAGUUCCACCACUAGUCCGACAAAAUCUACUUGAACUCCACCAGAUUGUUUUAAAAGCAAGGGAACAGCCCCUGAUUAAGCCAAUAAUAUCAGAAGAAACAGCUGAAACACAUCAAAAUCGUCAGGAAUUAGCAUUAAAGAUGGAAUCUAAGGUGAAUUGUGUCCAUGACCUAGUAUGUAUGAAAGAUUUCCGACCUGAUCUGCCAACACUCAUCGGGAAGCACACUGAGCCUACUUCAAUUCAAGAUUCACAUCAGGAAGCUGUAUCAUGUGUAAAAACACCUCAACUGUCAGUCUUCUGUGGAAGCGACAUGGACACUUCUGAGGACGGCGAAGAGGAUGAAGAAGAGAACUUGGCUUCCGUUGCAGCUAAAUCUAUCAAAUUUGCCUCCCCAUAUCAACGAUAUAAAUCAACGAAACCAUAUUUGUUUGCCCUGGAAGAAGAAAGAAAAAAGAAAGAGGAAGAGAAAAAAUUGGCAGAAUCCAAACGUAUCAAAACUGAAGAGGAAUCAUCAGCUCGAAUGGAGUUAGUUGAAGAACAAAUCUCUGAGAAAUUGAAUAGUAUACGAGAUCAAGUCAUGAACACUACUUCACGCAAACGAGACCACUCUCCUGAAGAACAUUUGAGUGCUCUCUCUUCGCUGAACGAUCAGGUUGGCAAGAAAAAACGGAAAGCAGAGCCUCUGAACAUCAGGAGUGAUGAAAGAGUAACAUCAAACCAUAAUGUAGGACUCUUUAUCAAAGAGGAAAAAAAUGAUAUUAGUAAAGAAGCUCAAGUUUCAAGUAAUCCAAAUGCUGCUGGACAGUCCAGGAAGAAAAAGGAGAAAAGUCAGCAAGGGAAUUCUCGGCCUUCAACCAUUUCAGUUGAUUAUAGCUCAAUAAACUACAAUGAAUUUCAUUCAAACCCUGCUCAAAAAUCCGCCUUUUUAAAGCAGAUAGAUGCUAAAUUCCAAAGCCAAAAAAAGAAGAAAGGUGGUAAAUUCAAGAAGUCUGGUAAAGGAAGUGGAAAGAAGGGAGGUGCUUUCAAAAUCUAGUAGUUCUGUACCAAAAGGUAAAAUCUAUUCCUUUACUCUUAUGGAAAUUAGUUUUGCUUGAUCCUUCCUUUGAAAAAGUUCAACUCUCCAGUAUGUCUAUCAGGAAACCAAAAAAUAUGCACAUCAGCGCCAUCGAUGUGAAGAAAAGAGAAAAUUUCACUCAGCUCAUUCCCCUCAUCUUAAAAUAACUGAAAACUCCCCUUUUCUAAUUUUUUUAAUAGUUUUUGUCUUUUAUUAUCAGAUCCUUUUUCUUUGUUCAAAUCAGGAUUUUGUCAAUCUUUAUUUUUUAUCAGGUAUGAUUAUUUACAAGAGUCUCUCAGGAAGUAAGUUUUCCUGUUUAUUUUUUUUUUUUUUCCUCUCUUUUUUUAAGGAGUAUACAAGUCAAAAAAAAAUUCAGCUUCAGUUAGAAUGAUGAUGCAACUACAUACAAAUUAGAGUUCAUCAGUCACAUAAAAGUGAUGUGUAACUUUAUUUUUUUAAAAUUUUGUUAUUUCUUUCUUUCUUAAACUACAUGUUUUUUUGAUAAGUCUUAUUGUUAUCAAAAUGUGUAGAUCACAGUUACAUGAAUUUUUAGCAUCUUUAAUCGUUUUACGAACUCAGUUUCCGACCGAAGAACCCUCUAGUUUUACUGUUUAUUUUAACCCUAGUUGUUGAAACUAGGGCUGACCACUGUAAAUAUUGACACUACUUCUAUGAGCUUUUUACAGAAUUAAGUAGUGUCUUUUAAAUAUGUGUAAAUAUUGAUCUUGUGAAUUUUGUAAUAAAUUGUUUAUUUUACUCAUAA